GGUCCCUCUCGGCAGUCCCUAACACCGUACCACCUCAACGGCAUGGAGUGUGAGUAGCAAGAAUCUAUCAACAUGCAGGAAUCUGCCAAUGCCCUGGCGAUGGAUGGGUACUGUAACAAUGUGCCAGCCUUCCUUACUAAGCUUUGGACACUGGUCGAAGACCCUGAUACCAACCAUCUGAUAUGCUGGAGUGUGAACGGAACCAGUUUCCAUGUUUUCGACCAAGGAAGGUUUGCCAAGGAAGUGUUACCAAAAUACUUCAAGCACAACAACAUGGCCAGUUUUGUGAGACAACUGAAUAUGUAUGGAUUCAGGAAAGUGGUAAACAUUGAGCAGGGUGGGUUGGUAAAGCCAGAACGAGAUGACACAGAGUUUCAGCACUUGUACUUCUUGCAAGGACAUGAACAUCUCCUAGAGCACAUCAAGAGAAAGGUAUCUGUUGUAAAGAGUGAAGAAACAAAGCUGAGACACGAGGAUGUAAGCCGACUGCUAUACGAAGUCCAAACCUUGCGUGGACAGCAGGAGAACACCGAGUGUCAGAUGCAAGAUAUGAAGCAGCAGAAUGAGGUCCUAUGGCGCGAGGUUGUUUCGCUCAGGCAGAAUCACUCUCAACAGCAGAAGAUAAUCAAUAAGUUAAUCCAGUUUCUGUUUGGACAACUGCCCCCUGGCCCCACCAGCUCCGGGAUAAAGAGAAAGAUCCCUCUCAUGUUGGAUGAUGGUAACUCCGCCCUCCCACUUUCCAAAUUCAGCAGACACCUUCCAAUGGAUUCCCUCCAUGUUCCGUAUUAUAUUCAAUCGCCAUCAGCAGAUCCCGCGUCAUCAAUGGGCGGUUCUGCUGCCAAUGCUGGGCCGAUCAUAUCAGACGUGACAGAGUCUACACCCACUAACACAGGAAUAGCACCAGCCACAGCAGAUGGAGAAAGGAGUAAAUGCCUUCUACUGAUUAAAGAAGAGCCCAUUAGUCCAGGAAUGAAGGGAUCCACGGAGGCGGAUAUGUCUUUGAGCAAUUGCGGUGCUUGCUCAGAUCCUCCUGUCCUUCCAGUUGCAAUGGUCCAGUCUAUAUUGGAAGGGAAAGAAAGCUGCAAUACCCCACAGCCCUCUGGGUCACAGCAAUUGGAGGGACAAGGGCAAAGGAACCCAAUGGAAAGGCCUGAGCUCUCGGAUACUUUGGAUAGCACUGAUGUCAGUUUGGAGGGUCUCCAGAUGCUAUUGAGAAGUCAACAUUACAACUUGGACUCUGCUGCUGUUCUGGAUGUGUUCAGUGCUGGUCUAUGUGUUAGUGAGUGGAACCUUCCAACGAUGGACACGAGCCUAUCACCGCAACUUCCAGGAGAUUUGGAGAAGAAUGUAGCUGAGUUGCCCUCAAAGUGCCUUAAUCCACCGUUCAGCUCCUCCUGCCAAGGAAAAGAUUCAGACCUUGAACAUUCUGCUUCUUUCCUGUCUGAAGACAUUGUGAAUCUUACUGGUUCCUCCAGUCUCUUUGCUUCCGAUGACGGUGUGGUUUCUUACCUCUCCACGGGGGUCAUUCCUGGAGAUGCCUCCCUGAGCCUACAACCUACAGAGGAGAGGGACGAGUGAUAUAUAUAUUUAUAUAGAGGCUGCCUACUGUAAAUGCAGUGCAUACAGGGACUUCACAUAGCGUGCUGCAUGUUCGAAGGGUGAAAAUGAACCUCCUGCACUGUAUGGUUAUAUAUAGCCUCUUGGAAUAGACGGAGCUAGGUGUACCCCAUUAAUUAAUUGGGCAGGGUAUCAGAGGUAGGAAAAUAGUCAGAACUUAAUAUUUACACAAGAUGGUACUUUAUUUUAUAAGUUAUAUUAUCAAAAUGUUGAUUUGACGUGUGUUUAUACAGAACUCCUAUAUAUUGCAGAAUGUUCAUUUUCAACUGGGGAGUGGGAUAACGAGGAGAUUAUUCACUGAACCGUGUUUUAGCGAUUAAACUUCUUUGUGUGUUUACAGAGCACACGCAAAACUGAAUGUAUGAAAAGAAUGGGAUUCUGGGACUGCGCAGGUCAGUGUAUAAGCACCAGAGGCCUGUAAAGUUUUGCACAUGAUUCACAUGUUUCCCUGUCCCCCCCCC